AUGGCGCCGAGCGCAGUGUUGUCACCAGAACCCGCGGUACCAAACUCCGCCACCUGCUCCCUCUCCUCAGUUACAACCACCUACGACGAUACCCUCCGCUUCUACCUUAACGGCACACGAGUAAUCCUUGGCGAAUUCGACCCCGAAACCACCCUGCUCGAAUACCUGCGUGGCAUCGGCCUCACAGGCACCAAGCUAGGAUGCGCAGAGGGAGGAUGCGGAGCCUGCACUGUGGUGGUUUCGCAAUACAACCCUACGACAAAGAAAAUUUACCAUGCCAGCGUAAACGCCUGUCUCGCACCGCUGGUCAGUGUGGACGGCAAGCAUGUCAUUACGAUCGAGGGUAUUGGGAACACAAAGAGGCCGCAUCCCACACAAGAGCGCAUCGCGAGGGGAAAUGGUAGCCAGUGUGGAUUCUGCACCCCUGGAAUCGUCAUGAGUCUCUAUGCUUUGCUGAGAAACGACUCGAAUCCUUCUGAGCACGAUGUGGAAGAGGCUUUCGAUGGGAAUCUGUGCAGAUGUACCGGGUACCGCCCUAUUCUAGACGCUGCGCAGACAUUUAGCGCAAACAAGUCUUGUGGGAAGGCGAAGGCGAAUGGUGGUGGUAGUGGGUGCUGUAUGGACAAGGGGAGCGGAGCUGGAGCAUGCUGUAAGGAUGGGUUCAAGGACGACCAGCCUAUCAAGCGCUUCACGCCUCCCGGAUUCAUCGAGUACAACCCAGACACCGAGCUUAUUUUCCCACCUUCUCUUACCAGGCACGAGUUCAGACCUUUGGCGCUUGGCAACAAGAGGAAGAAGUGGUAUCGGCCUGUCACUUUGGAACAGCUUUUGGAAAUCAAAAGCGUCUACCCCUCUGCGAAGAUCAUAGGCGGCUCUACCGAAACUCAAAUCGAGAUCAAGUUCAAGGGCAUGCAGUAUACAGCUUCCGUAUUUGUUGGUGAUAUCCCUGAGUUGCGGCAGUUCACAUUCAAUGAUGAUCACUUAGAGAUAGGUGGUAAUGUCAUCCUUACCGAUUUGGAGGCCAUUGCUCUUAAAGCUGUCGAGCACUAUGGCCCAGUGAGAGGCCAGGUUUUCGCUGCAAUCCAUAAGCAGCUGAAGUACUUUGCUGGUCGUCAAAUCAGAAAUGUUGGAACGCCAGCUGGUAAUCUUGCGACUGCCUCUCCAAUCUCGGAUCUCAACCCUGUCUUCGUGGCAUCUAAUGCCACUAUAUUGGCUAAGUCCCAAGGAGAGGAGACUGAAAUCCCGAUGUCGCAGUUCUUCAAGGGGUACCGGACGACUGCGCUGCCCCCAACUGCAAUCAUCGCGAGCAUUCGGAUCCCUGUGACAAGUGAGAAAGGCGAGUUUUUCCAGGCAUACAAGCAGUCGAAGCGCAAAGACGAUGAUAUUGCCAUUGUCAAUGCUGCCCUUCGGGUUUCGCUUAGCGAUUCACAUGUAGUAGAGAGUGCCGUUCUCGCUUAUGGCGGCAUGGCUCCUACAACUGUCGCUGCUGAGAAUGCUGGAGCUUACCUCGUGGGUAAGUCUUUCACAGAUCCGGCAACGCUUGAGGGAACCAUGAAUGCGCUGGAACAAGAUUUUGAUCUCCGCUUUGGCGUUCCAGGUGGCAUGGCCACCUAUCGCAAGUCUCUCGCUCUUGGUUUUUUCUAUCGCUUUUACCAGGAAGUCCUCUCCAAGCUCGACGUCAAAGGUGCGAAGUUGGAUCAAGAGGUUAUUGCCGAGAUUGAGAGAUCAAUCUCGAUGGGCAAGGAGGAUGGUGCCGCGACUAUCGCGUACCAGCAAAAUAUACUUGGAAAGGCAAAUCCUCAUGUUGCGGCUUUGAAGCAGACCACAGGAGAAGCUCAGUACACCGACGACAUCCCCGUCCAGAAGAAUGAGCUGUAUGGCUGCCUCGUCCUAUCUACUAAAGCACACGCCAAGAUCCUUUCUGUUGAUUCAGAUUUGGCAUUACAGGCUCCUGGUGUCGUAAAUUAUGUAGAUCAUACAGACAUGCCAUCGCCUGAGGCGAAUUACUGGGGUGCGCCUGUCUGCGAUGAACCAUUCUUCGCGGUCGAUGAGGUCUUCACUGCUGGCCAACCGAUCGGAAUCGUGCUUGCUGACAGUGCUGCGCAUGCGUCGGCGGGAGCUAGACUUGUGAAGGUUGAGUAUGAGGAGUUGCCUGCUAUCUUCACCAUUGAGGAGGCUAUCGAAAAGGAGAGCUUCUUUCAACAUUACCGGUACAUUAAUAAGGGAAACACGGAGGAGGCGUUUGAGAAAGCGGACCAUGUAUUUACGGGAGUGACCAGGAUGGGUGGACAGGAGCAUUUCUACCUUGAGACGAAUGCCGUCGUUGCCGUGCCGAAACCUGAGGAUGGUGAGAUGGAGAUCUUUGCAAGUACUCAGAACCCUACCGAGACACAAACCUAUGUAGCCCAGGUCUGCGACGUUGCUGCUAACAAAGUCGUUUCAAGGGUCAAGCGUCUUGGUGGUGGCUUUGGGGGCAAGGAGACUCGAUCUAUCCAGCUUACUGGAAUUGUGGCUCUUGCUGCCAAGAAAGCUGGUCGCCCUGUUCGUUGCAUGCUGAACCGUGACGAGGAUAUGGUCACGUCUGGUCAGAGACAUCCAUUCCUCUCCCGCUGGAAGGUUGCGGUCAACAAAGAUGGUAAGCUCCAAGCUUUGGAUGCUGAUGUCUUUUGCAAUGGUGGCUGGACUCAAGAUCUCAGUGCCGCUGUGUGCGAUAGAGCGCUCUCUCAUAUUGACGGAUGCUAUCUCAUUCCCAACGUCCAUGUUCGAGGUAGACUUGCAAAGACGAACACUAUGAGUAAUACGGCGUUCAGAGGCUUUGGUGGACCACAGGGUAUCUUCAUCGCCGAGUCAUUCAUGGAGGAAGUUUCGGAUCGUUUGAAUAUACCCGUGGAGAAGUUACGAGAGAUCAACUUCUACAAGCCAGAUGAGAAGACGCAUUUCAAUCAGAGUCUGAAGGAUUGGCACGUUCCCAUCAUGUACCAGCAAGUCAAGCAAGAGUCGAACUACGCUGAACGGCGAGAGGCCGUCACCAAGUUCAAUGCAGAACACAAGUGGAAGAAGCGAGGUCUUGCUCUCAUUCCUACCAAAUUCGGUAUCUCAUUCACAGCGCUCUUCCUCAAUCAGGCUGGUGCUCUAGUCCACAUCUACCACGACGGCUCGGUCCUCGUGGCACAUGGUGGAACGGAAAUGGGUCAAGGUCUACACACCAAGAUGACAAUGAUCGCUGCCGAAGCUUUGGGUGUACCAUUGCAGGAUGUGUUUAUCUCGGAGACAGCCACCAAUACCGUGGCAAAUACCUCCUCGACCGCAGCUUCCGCAUCAUCUGAUCUCAAUGGUUAUGCGAUUUUUAACGCCUGCGCCCAGCUCAACGAGCGCCUUGCCCCAUACCGCGAGAAAUUUGGCAAAGAUGCCUCAAUGAGCAAGCUCGCCAGCGCCGCUUACUUCGAUCGUGUAAACCUCUCUGCGAACGGUUUUUACAAGACGCCCGAUAUUGGCUAUACGUGGGGCCCGAACACAGGCAUGAUGUUCUACUACUUUACGCAGGGUGUUUCGGCAGCAGAAGUCGAAGUCGACACGCUAACUGGCGACUGGACCUGCCUACGCGCAGAUAUCAAGAUGGAUAUCGGCCGCUCUAUCAACCCGUCUAUCGACUACGGACAGAUCGAGGGCGCGUUCGUGCAGGGCAUGGGCCUCUUCACGACAGAAGAGAGCCUCUGGUUUCGCAAUGGACCUAUGGCCGGCCAGCUCGCCACGAGGGGGCCUGGUGCCUACAAGAUCCCCGGCUUCCGCGACAUCCCGCAGGAGUUCAACGUCAGCCUGCUUAAGGACGUCGAGUGGGAGAAUCUGCGGACGGUGCAGCGGAGCCGUGGGGUAGGCGAGCCGCCGCUGUUCAUGGGGAGCGCGGUGUUCUUUGCCAUCCGCGAUGCGUUGAAGGCGGCGAGAGCGCAAUAUGGGGUCAAGGCUACGGUGGGGAGCGAUGAGAAGGUAAAUGGCGAGGGGGAGCCGGAUGGGCUGCUACGGUUAGAGAGUCCGGCGACGCCGGAGAGGAUUCGGGUGAGUUGUGUUGAUCCUAUCAUUAAGCGAGCGUUGGUCAAGCCGAGGGAGGGGGAGAAGAGCUUCUUUAUUUCGAUUUAG